GGUUUUUAUAUUUGUUUAUUUGUGUGUCACAAUUAAAAUUCAAUCAAAAAAUUUCCUGUCCAAAUUAAACUCAUACAUUCAAAAUUCCUGUGUUCGUCAAACGACAAAAAAAACCAUUAUAAAUAAUUUCGAAGCAACGAUUACGUUUCUAAACAUUCGCGAUAUUCUAAUAUUGCCGCACAAAUAUCGAAGGAAGAAAUAGAACUGGAAGAAAAGGAAGAAACAAAUCCGUGUAAAGUGACGUGUGCGCAAGUGAAAAUGGACGUGUCGCGGCGAAUUUUCGAGGAAAAUUUACCGGAAAUUUUGCCGAUUUUAGCUCAUGAGUCUCCUGAAGCAGCAAUUUUGAAAAAUUCUGUCGUAACCGAUUUUGACGAUGCCCGUGUGAAUAAAAAUGAAGUGAACGUGUAUCCUCACAAUAACGAAAAAGAAAUAAUUACAAAAAGGCAAUCCAGAAAUGGAUACCACCCAAUCGACUGCGGGUGCCCAGAAUGCCUUUACAUGCCGUUGGUGCGCGAAUUGGCCUCCACCAAAGAGUUUUUCUUCGUCGCCGAAGAGCCCAAGUUCGUCUACACGUUGUCGCCCUGCUCCUGUCCCAAUUCGAAGAAGGCCUCGAAGAUUCCGGUGGCGAAAGGGACGAAAGGCCCCUCCGGAAAGGACGAUUGCAUUUGCGGGGACGUGUGCAAGUGCCGGCCCUGUCCCGACGUCGACAGGCAAUCGCCGAAGUCCCCCAAAUCGGACCGACCCGUUAAGAAGGACACCGACUUGUCGAAGCUCUGCGACUGCGGGAAAUGCGAUUGCCCCAUUUGCGCGAAAUCAAAAGGAUCUUCAAAACCUUGUUGUUGUACGAGCGAUUGCGUAUGCGAUCAAUGCAAAAUCGAAAUGAUGAAGAAGCAAAUCGACAAAUUGAAGAACGAUUUGAAUGAUUUGAGGGGCGUUAGCGAAAAACCGGAUUUGGGAUAUCCCGACGGGUGUACUUGCGACAUCUGUAAUUGUCCCCUGCCCCCCGGCGAGGACCCGCGCAGAGAACAACCCGAAGAUUGUACCUGCACCAUUUGCGAUUGUCCCUUAGCUCCCGGAAGGGCCGGCGAUAUGAGCGGUUGCGAAUGCCAAGAUUGCUACUGUCCAAAGGGACCGAGAUUCCAAAAGCCCACCAUCAAACUUCCCGUGGAUAUGACCGGUUGCAGUUGCAAUCCCUGCCUGUGUCCCGGCGGACCGUUGUCCAUAUUUCCCAAAUGCGAUUGCAAAAAGUGCGAAUGCAACCCCUGCAGCGAUCCGAGGCGACCCAAACCGGUGGAAUGCGAUUGCGAUCCCUGCGAGUGCUCCCCCUGCGGCGACACCAAGAAGGAGAUGAGAAAAUGGGAGGUUACGUGCAAGUGCACCGAUUGCCAGUGCUCCGGUUUGAAGUCGACCGAUUGCACGUGCUUGACGUGCGUGUGCGGCAAACACCCGCCCGAUUGCGAAUGCCCCCAAUGCGUUUGCGCUCGAGAAGAGAAACCGCCGAACUGCAAGUGCCCCGUGUGCGCUUGCGGUACCAAAUUCGAGGAGAUGUCGCCCGCUUGCGUAUGCGACAAGUGCAAAUGCGGCGGGCCCAAGCGCAAGGACGCGGAAGUUAAGAAGGACGAGCACGAGAAGAAACGCAUGGACUUCGUGAAGAGAUCGGUGAGCUCGCACGCCAUCAAUUGCACUUGCCCGGUGUGCCUGUGCUUCCAAAGAGCCUCGGGCGGCGCGAAAAUGUGCACGUGCGAACCGCCGUGCAAGUGCAAAGAGUGCAUAUUCAAGGUGUUCAAAUCGGACGCCCAUCCGCCGGAUUGCGAAUGUCCCAAAUGCAAGUGCAAGGAAUGCCAAAUGUCUUCGGGGCCGACUUGCCGCUGUCCCGAGUGCAUUUGCAAGCCGUGCAAGCACAUAACGGCCGGCGAGAAGAAGCGCGCUGACAACUGCAAAUGCGGCGACAUUUGCAGCUGCAAGGAGUGCGUGCCGAAGCCGCCGCCGCCCGCCCCCAAGGGCCCCAAAGCCAACCUGCCGAAGUCGCGCAGUUGCCAUUGCUUGGAGUGCUUCUGCGACGCGUGCAACAAUCCGGCCAAGAAGGGCGCGGACGCGCGACCCGUGCUGAAGAUAAAGGGGGCCGAACAGAAGCCGGCGGCGAAGAAAGAGGAACCGUUUACGCCCAAAGAGGUGGAGGAGGAUUUGACGUGCAAAUGCGAGCCGUGCAAUUGCAAGGACUGCACGUUCUUCGGCUCGAGGAAUCCGAAUUGCAAAUGCGGGAAGACCUGCUUGUGCGUGCCGUGCGAGCCGCCGCCGGCGCCGAAGAAGAAGGACGCUGGCAGCGGCAGCGACGAUGCGGCCAACAAAUGCCAUUGCAAAGAAUGCCAAUGUCCCGAGUGCGAAAAGAAGAAGAGCGCCGGCGAGACCACCUCGAGAAUCCCCUGCAAUUGCACCGAAUGCACUUGCGCCGUUUGCGAGAAGAAAGGCGAGAAAAAAGGCGGCGACAAAAAGGAGGAAAAGAGAGACGGCCCGCCUUGCGCUUGCAAGACGUGCAAAUGCCCCGAAUGCGAAAGAGGCGGCGAUAAGAAAGGCGGCGACAAGAAGGGCGGCGAAAAGAAGUCGCGCAUCCCGUGCAAUUGCACCGAUUGCAUUUGCGCCGUGUGCGAGAAGAAGAGCGAGAAAAAGGGCGAUAAACCGGCCGCGAAGCCGGGCGAUAACAAAUGCGAACCCGCGUGCCCUGGCGUGGAGAAGGGAAGCGGCGGCGGCGGCGGAGGUGGAGGCGGCGGCGGCGGCGGCGGCUUCGAAGUACCCAAGCGAAUGCCCUGCCAAUGCAAGGAGUGCAAAUGCGCCAUUUGCGAUAAGAAGAAAGACGCCGGCAAAGACGACCCGUGCGGCGGAUUAGCAUUGAGAGGUGGAAGCGGCGGAUUGUGCCUGUUACCUAAAUUAAAAGAGAGCGAACCGCCGCCGUUCGAACCACCGAUUAGAAUACCCUGUACCUGCAACCCCUGCAAAUGCGUGAUGUGCAACAAAAUGGGCGGUAAGAAGGAGAGCGCCGUCAGCGCCAAUCCCAUUACCAAUUCGGCGGAAAUUCAAGUGCAAUGCAAAACUCAAUCUACCUCUAGCAUUCUACCAAUGUAUUCCUGCGCCUCUUGUACCAGCGAUACCUCACUGAACGGCAAGGAGUGCAGUUGCUCUUUGUGCGCGGAAAAACUGAGCGGAAUCCACACUAAAGUCGGAGACGUUAGGAGCACUCACAACGUUAACAUUGGAGUCACAUUGAGCACACACAGCAAAUCCACCAGCUGCGUUUGCACCACCACCAAGAACGCCAAAGUCGGUGAAUCCGAGAACAGAUUCGGCGCCUGCAGGAGCGUGGAAUUGAACGUAUUAAAUUUCGCCGACAUGGACAAUACCACUCUAGUCAAAAAUAUCGUCGACAGAUCGAAAGAGAGCGUGUUUUGCAAGAACCAAAUGCACGAAAUCCAAUCGGUGUUGAGCAACAUCAAGAGCGUGUGCAGCGAGGUGGAGGAGAAGGCGAAGAAAACGUCGUUGAUCAAGCAAGCUUCGACGUUCGGCCAGACGAUGUCCGGAUUGAAGUUGGCGCUGAACAAUCUGCAGGAGAAGUGCAAAGCGAAGGACUUGCUGAUCGAAGCGAUGACCGGCGAGCUGCGAAACCGCACCAACAGCAUAUCGUUUUUGCAGGUGUUGGAUAACUUCAUUUCGGGCGAAGUGCCCGACUACGAUAAGAGCAACGACGUGGUGAAGACGUUCGACGAGCGGAAAUCGAAGGCGGCGGAGAACGAGCGGAUUAUGAGGAAGAAGAAGAGCAGCAAAACGUGCAAGUGCGGCAAAAUGCACAGGGACAAGGACUACAAGAUGGUCGAUUUGAAGGAGUUCGAGAUCAUCGAUAUCAGCAGGGUGACCGAUGAUUGUGUGAUCGUUAAGUGGAAUCCCCCUAAAAGCGAUUUGGUUACCGGUUACGAUAUUUUUAUUAAUGGUGUGAACAAAUCGAAGGUGAUGAGCGGCGGAAGGACGACGGCAAUGAUACAUUCUAUCGAUUUGUCCAAAACUAUACAAAUUACUAUUUAUGCUGUGACGAAGUGCGGGAUAUGCGAGCCCCCUGCUAUUGCUAUUUAUCAAAUUUGAUUUACGAUUUACUACACAGUUUCAUACUGAAAAUCUAUGGACGAUGAGGAGUUGUGAGUUUUAUUGGUCUUUUUUUUCGUUAUUUGAAGCAAAUUUUAUGUUCAUAUUCACUUGCCCUACGUUUAAUAUAUUUUUUUGUAGAGUUGUUUUUUUUUUGUUUUGAAUUUUUAAG